CCGAGGACCUCCCCAAGAUCCGGGAUGGGGAUGAGAGAUGCGGACGCCACAAGGGAACUGGUGGGCCGCCGUGCUGGCUCUCCUGAGGAUGCGCCAGCGUCACCCCCGGGCAAGAUGCCCUUCCCUCUGUGUGGCCGGAAUCCUUGCCUGUGGCUUUCUCCUGGGCUGCUGGGGACCCUCCCAUUUCCAGCAGAGUUUUCUCCAGGCAUUGGAGCCACAGGCUGUGUCUUCUUACUUGAGCUCUGGUGCUCCCUUAAAAGGCCACCCUCCCUCCCCCGGCUUCCAGAGGCAGACGCAGAGGCAGAGGCAGAGGCGGGCUGCAGGCAGCAUCCUACACCUGGAGCUGCUGGUGGCCGUGGGCCCCGAUGUCUUCCAGGCUCACCAGGAGGACACAGAGCGCUACGUACUCACCAACCUCAACAUCGGGGCAGAACUGCUUCGGGACCCGUCCCUGGGGGCUCAGUUUCGGGUGCACCUGGUGAAGAUGGUCAUUCUGACAGAGCCCGAGGGUGCUCCAAAUAUCACAGCCAACCUUACCUCGUCCCUGCUGAGCGUCUGUGGGUGGAGCCGGACCAUCAACCCCGAGGACGACACGGAUCCUGGCCACGCUGACCUGGUCCUCUAUAUCACGAGGUUUGACCUGGAGUUGCCUGAUGGUAACCGGCAGGUGCGGGGAGUCACCCAGCUGGGUGGUGCCUGCUCCCCAACCUGGAGCUGCCUCAUUACCGAGGACACUGGCUUCGACCUGGGAGUCACCAUCGCCCAUGAGAUCGGGCACAGCUUCGGCCUGGAGCACGACGGCGCGCCUGGCAGCGGCUGCGGCCCCAGCGGACACGUGAUGGCUUCAGACGGCGCCGCGCCCCGCGCUGGCCUCGCCUGGUCCCCCUGCAGCCGCCGGCAGCUGCUGAGCCUGCUCAGCGCAGGACGGGCGCACUGCGUGUGGGACCCCCCGCGGCCUCAGCCUGGGUCCACGGGGCGCCCGCCGGAGGCGCAGCCUGGCCUCUACUACAGCGCCAAUGAGCAGUGCCGCGUGGCCUUCGGCCCCAAGGCAGUCGCCUGCACCUUCGCCAGGGAGCACCUGGAUAUGUGCCAGGCCCUCUCCUGCCACACAGACCCGCUGGACCAAAGCAGCUGCAGCCGCCUCCUCGUUCCUCUCCUGGACGGGACAGAAUGUGGUGUGGAGAAGUGGUGUUCCAAGGGUCGCUGCCGCUCCCUGGUGGAGCUGACCCCCAUAGCAGCGGUACAUGGGCACUGGUCUAGCUGGGGUCCCCAAAGUCCUUGCUCCCGCUCCUGCGGAGGAGGUGUGGUCACCAGGAGGCGGCAGUGCAACAACCCCAGACCUGCCUUUGGGGGGCGUGCGUGUGUUGGUGCUGACCUCCAGGCCGAGAUGUGCAACACUCAGGCCUGUGAGAAGACCCAGCUGGAGUUCAUGUCGGAACAGUGUGCCAGGACGGACGGCCAGCCGCUGCACUCCUCCCCUGGCGGUGCCUCCUUCUACCACUGGGGCGCUGCUGUACCACACAGCCAAGGGGAUGCUCUGUGCAGGCACAUGUGCCGGGCAAUUGGCGAGAGCUUCAUCAUGAAGCGUGGAGACAGCUUCCUGGAUGGGACCCGGUGUGUGCCAAGUGGCCCCCGGGAGGACGGGACCCUAAGCCUGUGCGUGUCGGGCAGCUGCAGGACAUUUGGCUGUGAUGGCAGGAUGGACUCCCAGCAGGUACGGGACGUGUGCCAGGUGUGUGGUGGGGACAACAGCACGUGCAGCCCACGGAACGGCUCUUUCACAGCUGGAAGAGCGAGAGAAUAUGUCACAUUUCUGACGGUUACCCCCAACCUGACCAGUGUCUACAUUGCCAACCACAGGCCUCUCUUCACACACUUGGCGGUGAGGAUCGGAGGGCGCUACGUCGUGGCUGGGAAGACGAGCAUCUCCCCUAACACUACCUACCCCUCCCUCCUGGAGGAUGGCCGUGUCGAGUACAGAGUGGCCCUCACCGAGGACCGGCUGCCCCGCCUGGAGGAGAUCCGCAUCUGGGGACCCCUCCAGGAAGAUGCUGAGAUCCAGGUUUACAGGCGGUACGGCGAGGAGUAUGGCAAUCUCACCUGCCCAGACAUCACCUUCACCUACUUCCAGCCUAAGCCGCGGCAGGCCUGGGUGUGGGCCGCUGUGCGUGGGCCCUGCUCGGUGAGCUGUGGGGCAGGGCUGCGCUGGGUAAACUACAGCUGCCUGGACCAGGCCAGGAAGGAGUUGGUGGAGACUGCCCGGUGCCAAGGGAGCCAGCAGCCACCAGCGUGGCCAGAGGCCUGCGUGCUCGAACCUUGCCCUCCGUACUGGGCGGUGGGAGACUUCGGCCCAUGCAGUGUCUCCUGUGGGGGUGGCCUGCGGGAGCGGCCAGUGCGCUGCGUGGAGGCCCAGAGCAGCCUCCUGAAGACGUUGCCCCCAGCCCGGUGCACAGCAGGGGCCCAGCAGCCAGCUGUGGCAGUGGAAAUCUGCAACCCCCAGCCCUGCCCCGCCAGGUGGGAGGUGUCAGAGCCCAGCCCAGGCACAUCAGCCAGUGGAGCAGGCCCAGCCUUGCAGAACGAGACCUGUGUGCCAGGGGCAGAUGGCCUGGAGGCUCCAGCGACUGAAGGGCCUGACUCCAUAGAUGAGAAGCUGCCUGCCCCUGAGCCGUGUGUCGGGAUGUCAUGCCCUCCAGGCUGGGGCCAUCUGGAUGCCACCUCUGCAGGGGAGGAGGCUCCCUCCCCAUGGGGCAGCAUCAAGACGGGGGCUCAAGCUGCACAUGUGUGGACCCCUCUGGCAGGGCCGUGCUCCGUCUCCUGCGGGCGAGGCCUGAUGGAGCUGCGUUUCCUGUGCAUGGACUCUGCCCUCAGGGUGCCUGUCCAGGAGGAGCUGUGUGGCCUGGCAAGCAAGCCUGGAAGCCGGCGGGAGGUCUGCCAGGCUGUCCCGUGCCCUGCUCGGUGGCAGUACAAGCUGGCGGCCUGCAGCGUGAGCUGUGGGGGAGGGGUCAUGCGGAGGAUCCUGUAUUGUGCCCGGGCCCAUGGGGAGGAUGAUGAGGAGGAGAUCCUGUUGGACACCCAAUGCCAGGGGCUGCCUCGCCCAGAACCCCAGGAGGCCUGCAGCCUGGAGCCCUGCCCACCUAGGUGGAAAGUCAUGUCCCUUGGCCCAUGUUCGGCCAGCUGUGGCCUUGGCACUGCUAGGCGCUCGGUGGCCUGUGUGCAGCUCGACCAAGGCCAGGACGUGCAGGUGGACGAGGCGGCCUGUGCGGCACUGGUGCGGCCCCAGGCCAGCGUCCCCUGUCUCAUUGCUGACUGCACCUACCGCUGGUAUGUCGGCACCUGGACGGAGUGCUCUGUUUCCUGUGGGGAUGGCAUCCAGCGCCGGCAUGACACCUGCCUCGGACCCCAGGCCCAGGCACCUGUGCCGGCUGAUUUCUGCCAGCACUUGCCCAAGCCAGUGACUGUGCGUGGCUGCUGGGCUGGGCCCUGUGUGGGACAGGGGACGCCCAACCUGAUGCCUCACGAAGAAGCCACUGCUCCAGGACAGACCACAGCCACCCCUGCUGGUGCCUCCCUGGAGUGGUCCCAGGCCCCGGCCCUGCUCUUCUCCCCGGCUCCCCAGCCUCGGCGGCUCCUGCCCGGGCCCCAGGAAAGCUCGGCGCAGUCCAGUGCCUGUGGCAGGCAGCACCUUGAGCCAACAGGAACCAUUGACAUGCGAGGACCAGGGCAGGCAGACUGUGCAGUGGCCAUUGGGCGGCCCCUCGGGGAGGUGGUGACCCUCCGCAUCCUUGAGAGUUCUCUCAACUGCAGUGCGGGGGACAUGUUGUUGCUUUGGGGCCGGCUCACCUGGAGGAAGAUGUGCAGGAAGCUAUUGGGCAUGACUUUCAGCUCUAAGACCAACACGCUGGUGGUGAGGCAGCGCUGCAGGCAGCCGGGAGCCGGGGUGCUGCUGCGGUAUGGGAGCCAGCUUGCUCCUGAAACCUUCUACAGAGAAUGUGACAUACAGCUCUUUGGGCCCUGGGGUGAAAUCAUGAGCCCCUCGCUGAGUCCAGCCACGAGUAAGGCAGGGGGCUGCCGGCUCUUCAUUAAUGUGGCUCCGCACGCCCGGAUUGCCAUCCAUGCCCUGGUCACCGACGUGGACAAUGGGACCAAGGGAGCCAAUGCCAGCUACAUCUCGAUCCGGGACAUCCACAGCUUGAGGACCACAACAUUCCAUGGGCAGCAGGUGCUCUACUGGGAGUCAGAGAGCAGCCAGGCUGAGAUGGAGUUCAGCGAGGACUUCCUUAAGGCUCAGGCCAGCCUGCGGGGCCAGUACUGGACCCUCCAAUCAUGGGUACCGGAGGGGCAGGACCCUCAGUCCUGGAAGGGAAAGGAAGGGACCUGACGGUCAAUGAACAUUUGUUACGUGUCUGGCCAGCCCUGGAGGGUUGACCUCUGGUCUCAGUGCUUUCCAAUUCGAACUUUUUCCAAUCUUAGGUAUCUACUUUAGAGUCUUCUCCAAUGUCCAAAAGGCUAGGGGGUUGGAGGUGGGGAUUCUGGAAGGGAAAGGCAGCCCCCAUUUCCUCGGGUACCAAUAAAUAAAACAUGCAGACUGA